AGUGCCUGUCGUCAGUUGCUACUGCCUUGCAAUCUGGCUUUCUUCCAUACUGUGAACAUGUGUACCAGCGCUGUGUAAAUCUGGUGCAGAAGACCCUUGCGCAAGCCAUGUUACAUAAUGCUCAGCCAGACCAGUAUGAGGCUCCUGAUAAAGAUUUCAUGAUUGUGGCUCUCGAUUUACUCAGUGGUUUAGCUGAAGGACUUGGAGGCAACAUUGAACAGCUCGUGGCUCGCAGCAAUAUCCUGACACUAAUGUACCAAUGCAUGCAGGAUAAAAUGCCUGAGGUACGGCAGAGUUCUUUUGCAUUGUUAGGUGAUCUGACAAAGGCCUGUUUUCAGCAUGUGAAACCUUGCAUCGCUGAUUUCAUGCCAAUCUUGGGAACCAACCUCAACCCUGAAUUCAUUUCUGUGUGUAACAAUGCCACAUGGGCAAUUGGAGAAAUCUCCAUCCAGAUGGGUAUAGAGAUGCAGCCUUAUAUUCCAAUGGUGUUGCACCAGCUUGUAGAAAUAAUUAACAGACCAAACACACCAAAGACGUUGUUAGAGAACACAGCAAUAACAAUUGGUCGUCUUGGUUACGUUUGUCCUCAAGAGGUGGCCCCCAUGCUACAGCAGUUUAUAAGACCCUGGUGCACCUCUCUGCGAAACAUAAGAGACAAUGAGGAAAAGGAUUCAGCGUUCCGUGGGAUAUGUACCAUGAUCUCGGUCAACCCCAGUGGAGUAGUCCAAGACUUUAUUUUUUUUUGUGAUGCUGUUGCAUCAUGGAUUAGCCCAAAAGAUGAUCUCCGAGACAUGUUCUGUAAGAUUCUUCAUGGAUUUAAAAAUCAAGUUGGGGAUGAGAAUUGGAGACGUUUCUCUGACCAGUUUCCUCUUCCCUUAAAAGAGCGCCUUGCAGCUUACUAUGGAGUUUAACCUCAUGCACAGUAGCUGCAGUCCCAUAAUUAGAGGUCCUUCAGUCUGGGAGACUAUGAGGGAGCCUCUGCACCCAGGGAAAAUGUUACCCUUUACUGGGGGGAAGGGUAAACCAGUAGGGAAUACAGUACAAUCCCAACCCUACUGGGAGGGGCGGGAGGGAGGUGUUGCCGUCACUGUAUUAAGUCGAUGUUGGGAAAUGUUUUAACAUCUGGAGCCUUUGUGGGUGGAUAUCUGUCUCCUAUUACAACUCUGCACUGGAUGUGAAGAAGAAACAAAAAAAAAAAGAAUCUAGUCACAAAACAGCACAUUCUGGAAUAUUGUGGGGAAUUGUACCAAAAUAAGAACCAUGUAAUUGAACCAUAGGGAUACGUAAAGAGGAAAACUAUUUUGCGCACAAUAAAGGAAACCUAAGAAUAGGGGUCACAAACAGUAAAAGGCUUUCUUCUUGCUUUUAUGGUUUUUUUUAAAUAAGGGUUUUUCUAUGUUAUUUUAUCCUGCUUGGUGGGAUUCCUAGGUAUUUGCAUGUUAAUGAAGAACUACACAAAUGAAGUUAGUACAGUUAAAAUGCAGCUUGUGUCUGCAUUAGGAGCAGGCACUUGCAGUGUGCAAUAUAGAAACCCCAUCAUAAAUUAAUAAAGGUUAACUUGGACAAAAUGAAGCAACCUGCAAGCUGCCAAAUGAGUCACUCCUUUCAUUUUUGGGGCAAGGGGAGGGACACUUUAAAGGAAAGAUUGACAUCUUAAUUUUUACAUUAAAAAAGAAUUAAAGUAGUGGAUAUGAUUUGAUUAUUGUACUUCAUUAGAUUUAAUUUCUAGAGUAAGGCAUUAUUCUUAAUGUGCAGUUAAGGUUCAGGCAUGCGUUCUGGCUCAUAGUGAUCAGAAGUAAUUUAAAUUAGUGGGAAAGUAGCAUGCUUGCAUCACAUAGAGUGAAAUUGGUAUACAUUUACCUAUGUUGCGCCAGUUUUGUGUUGCAGUUUACCAAUUCAAUAUAGCCCUGCAUUUUAAAUUCCUUUUUAAGAUUCUGUGGAUUUUAUUUUUAUUAAGAAUAUAGAUAUAAAGUACUGUAGUUAACAAUUAGCCCUUGAAAUACCUUUUUAGAAUCUGUUAAGAAUAAGAUUGAUAUUGUAUUGUGUGUAACCUGCACAAUGUGGAAAGCUGAUAUAGCUGUGCAAAAUACUUGCCUCUGUGCUGUCAGUGUGAUGUGCUUUCUGCAUGGUUAUAUACUAGUGAUUUUAUCAGAAUCUCUAAAAAUGAAUUACGUGGUAAGACCUGUUAAAGGCUGCAUAAGUGUUAGUUGGCACGUAAAGACAAUUGUAGAAGUUGAUGACAUGAUAGCUAUAUUUGUGUUUAUUCCCACUCAACAUAUUACCUUCUAUGCUUUCUUUUCGUUCAAAGCAUGAUCUUAAGGAGAUGUUUAAGUUAAUGGAUGUAAUGCAGGGUAUCUACACUGUAUUGGCGCAUGUUGGUGGCCCUUUGUGAUGUAGUUAAAUGCACAAGGGUGCAAGUUUAAAGCUACAGAGUGAAAGUUGGUUUGGAUCCUCUUCAUUUCAUUUGUUUAGCUUUUCUGUUGUGUUUUUUUUUUUUUUUUCUCUACUUACAUGUAUUCCUGUGAAUAAAUCCUUGUUAAGUUAACCCUUUA